CAGUCUUUUACCCCACAUCUUCAAAUCUAAUGUUCUUGUUUUGAACUGCAACCAUCACCAUGUAUUCUUUGCGGACGCUGCGACUGCAGCAAUCGUCCUUGCGUCGUCUGUAUCACGACGAAUCGUUCGGAUAUCGCAAGCCACGACCAUUCGUAUUUCCUGACUACACGUCUGCUCAGCUCAAAAAUAGAGCACAUAAUGCAGCUUUGUUGCGCUACGUUGACUCCGUCAGGACUCAUGGGCACAGAGCGGCAAGGAUCGACCCGCUGGACCUCAUACACCGGAAGGAGGUUGCAGCGCUGGACCCCAGCAGAUACGGACUAACCGACGAUUUGAAAAAAUACAACGUCAAUGGAAUCAUAUGGACACAUCCGAGCGUUGAGUCUCAAGGUGAGAACACGACUGAAGAAUGGUGGACCUUGGGAGAGAUUGUUCGCCAUCUGCGGUCUGUCUACGUGGACCGUAUCGCUUACGAGUACAUGCAUUCACCUUCGAAAUCCGAACGCCUUUGGUUCUCACAUCGUCUGGAGUCGAAGAGCACACCAACGACAUUGAACGUUGAUACGAAGCAACGGAUACACGGACUUCUGGCUCGCAGCGAAGUCUUUGAUAACUUCAUGCAAGCCAAGUUCCCUAAUCUCAAACGCUACGGACUGGAAGGUGGAGAAUCAAUGCUACCAGCUUUGGACUCGUUAUUUUCUUCUGCGGCUCAAGCUAAUGUGUCGCACAUUGUCAUGGCUAUGCCUCAUCGCGGUCGACUCAACCUUCUCACUGAUCUCCUCAACUUCUCUCCUACGGCUCUUUUCCAUAAAGUCAGAGGGGGCGCAGAGAUCCCCGAAGAUUUGGGUGCUGAAGGAGACGUCCUCAGUCAUCUCGUCUCGUCAACAGUUUUGAAAUAUGGUAAUGAUGAUCAGGCUGUCAAGGUUUCUUUGCUUCCAAACCCUUCUCACCUGGAGGCUGUCGCCGGUGUUGCUCUUGGGAAGGCCCGCGCAAAGCAGUACUCCCUUUUGAAGAUAUCGCCUGAAGAUUGUAAACUUGGCGAUAGAGUAAUGUGUGUCCAAUUGCACGGAGACGCGUCAUUCACCGGUCAAGGCAUUGUCAUGGAAAGCUUGGGACUGAGCAAUCUUCCUCAUUUUACAAGCGGCGGUACUGUGCAUCUUGUCGUGGAUAAUAACAUCGGUUAUACUACGCCCGCGUCGCAAGCCCGUUCCUCUUUAUACUGCUCCGAUAUUGGCAAAAUGAUCAAUACACCAGUGCUUCAUGUUAAUGGUGACUAUCCGGAAGAUGUCUUCAAAGCUAUGGACAUCGCAUUCCAGUACCGGCAGUAUUUCCGAAAGGAUAUCAUCGUCGACCUCCUGGUUUAUCGUAGAUGUCAUAACGAACUUGAUCUUCCAAACCUCACCAGCCCUCUUAUGUAUGACAAGAUCCAGUCCAGGCUUUCGAUCCCGCAACUCUAUGAACAGAAACUCGUGAACGAACAAACCCUCAUGACGGAGGAUAUUACGAAUGUUAGGGAACAGCACAAAUUACAUCUCAGCGACGAACUCGAAAAAGUACCCUCGUACGUUCCGACUGCAUCAAUGCUACAAGACCAGUGGGCUGGGAUGGUCUGGCCUAUAAGUGAGAGUGCGGUUGAGACUCCAGAUACUGGUGUCGACAGGGAUACUCUUAUCCUAGUCGGCAAGGCAAGUGUGCAGGUACCGGAAGGUUUUGAAAUCCAUCACAAGCUUCAGAGGCAUAUCAAGAGCCGUCUCACAAGCUUGGCGAACGGCAAGGGCUUAGACUGGGCCACGGCAGAGGCCCUGGCUUUUGGAUCCCUACUUUUGGAGGGUUAUGAUGUGCGGAUAUCUGGACAGGAUGUAGGACGAGGAACUUUUAGCCAACGCCAUGCGAUGCUUGUUAACCAGAAGGACGAGAAUACUAUUGUUCCGCUAAAUGAUGAGCUUGGAGCUCCUGGGAAGCUCGAGCUUGCCAAUAGUUCCCUGAGCGAGAUGGCUGUGUUAUCAUUCGAAUAUGGUGCAAGUUGGGAACGGCCGGACCUGUUACCCAUCUGGGAGGCACAGUUUGGGGAUUUCUUCAAUGGAGCACAGAUUAUCAUUGAUACGUUCAUAUCAUCUUCAGAGAGCAAAUGGCUGAAGCAAAGUGCUAUCGUCAUGCUUCUCCCGCACGGUCUCGACGGCGCUGGACCUGAACAUUCUUCUUCAAGAAUUGAGCGGAUGCUCCAGUUAUCCAAUGAUAGGUAUACUUACGACAAAGACCCUUCAUUCAAUAUCAAUAUGCAUGUUACUUACCCAACGACACCCGCGCAAUAUUUCCAUUUGCUGAGGCGCCAGAUGAAGCGGAAUUAUCGUAAACCUCUGAUUGUGGCAGGACCGAAGGGUCUUUUACGUCUGUCGCCUGCUGCCUCUUCUCUUUCGGAGCUCGAGGCUGGUACAUCUUUCCGGCCAGUCCUUGCGGAUCCUUAUGACAAUGUCACCACUGCAUCUCGUGUUAUCAUUCAUUCAGGAAAGAUCUACUAUGAUCUACUGAAAGAAAGGCAUGCACGGGGAUUGGAUGCUAACAUUGCCCUUGUCCGACUGGAGGAGCUGUCACCCUUCCCAUUCGCGGAGUUGGCGGCAGUCUUAGAAGGGUAUACGAGCGCGAAAGAGUUCUUCUACCUUCAGGAAGAGCCGAGAAAUCAAGGCUCGUUUGGGCAUGUAAAGGAGAGGAUCAUGUGGGUGCUGAAGGAAAUGGUGGGUACUGGGGAUGCCGAGCUGGUGUAUAAGGGAAGGAAGGAGAGUGCGCUUCCCGCACCGGGUAUUGGGAAGUUGUAUCAAGCGCAGCAGAAGGCGGUGUUGGAGUCUGCGUUCGAAGGAUUCUAACGAAGAUGGAAGAGUUGGUGUAAGUAAUACUUAUGUAACUUGGCUUUGCUCUUUGUUUUCGAAUGCAUACGAAAGAG